CCCGACGCCACCAGCUCCAUCCCCAUCACCUGCCUCCACCAACCAUGGCCGCGUACUGCUCUCUGCUGCUGGCCUUGCUCCUCGCGCUCUCCUCCUCCUCGUCGGCGUCGGCGGCAACCCCGUAUGGCUUCGAGUUCCCGCAGUUCAACGCCGCCGUCGCCGACGCCGGCUGCGACGGCAAGCUGGUCGCCGAGGAGGAGGCGCUCGCGCGCCGGGUCCCGCCGCUCAAGCUCCACAUGACCCACCGGUCCGCUGCCGCGGGCGCGACGGGGACGGGCUCCUUCUUCCUGGAGUCGGCCGAGAAAGACGCCGUCCGCAUCGAUACGAUGCACCGGAGGGUCUCCCUGUCCGGCUCCGGCGCGGGGCAGAGGGGUUCGGCGCCGAGGAGGGCGCUGUCGGAGCGGGUCGUGGCCACGGUGGAGUCCGGCGUGGCGGUCGGCUCCGGGGAGUACCUUGUGGACGUGUACGUGGGCACGCCGCCGCGCCGGUUCCGCAUGAUCAUGGACACAGGCAGCGACCUCAACUGGCUGCAGUGCGCGCCCUGCCUCGACUGCUUCGAGCAGAGCGGGCCCAUCUUCGACCCGGCGGCGUCCACCUCCUACCGCAACGUCACCUGCGGGGACAGCCGCUGCGGCCUCGUCUCGCCGCCGGAGACAGCGUCGCCCAGGGAGUGCCGCCGCCCGCGGAGCGACCCCUGCCCCUACUACUACUGGUACGGCGACCAGUCGAACACCACCGGCGACCUCGCGCUCGAGGCCUUCACCGUCAACCUCACAGCCACCGGGACCCGGCGCGUGGACGGCGUGGCGUUCGGGUGCGGCCACCGGAACCGCGGCCUCUUCCACGGCGCGGCGGGGCUGCUGGGGCUCGGCCGCGGCCCGCUCUCGUUCGCGUCGCAGCUGCGCGGCGUCUACGGCGGCCACGCCUUCUCCUACUGCCUCGUGGAGCAUGGCAGCGCGGCCGGGAGCAAGGUCAUCUUCGGCCACGACGACGCGCUGCUCGCGCACCCGCAGCUCAACUACACGGCCUUCGCGCCGGCCACGGACACGGACACCUUCUACUACCUCCAGCUCAAGUCCAUCCUCGUGGGCGGGGAGGCGGUCAACAUCUCCUCCGACACCCUUGCCGCCGGCGGCACCAUCAUCGACUCCGGCACGACGCUGAGCUACUUCCCGGAGCCGGCGUACCGGGCGAUCCGGCAGGCGUUCAUCGACCGCAUGAGCCCGUCCUACCCGCUCAUCGCCGGGUUCCCGGUGCUGAGCCCGUGCUACAACGUGUCCGGAGCCGGAAAGAUCGAGGUGCCGGAGCUGUCGCUGGUGUUCGCGGACGGCGCGGCGUGGGAGUUCCCGGCGGAGAACUACUUCAUCCGGCUGGAGCCGGAGGGGGUGAUGUGCCUGGCCGUCCUGGGCACGCCGCGCUCCGGCAUGUCCAUCAUCGGCAACUACCAGCAGCAGAACUUCCACGUUCUCUACGACCUGGAGCGCAACCGGCUCGGCUUCGCGCCGCGCCGGUGCGCCGAGGUCUAGGCCGGCCGGCCGCCGUCCAU